AUGCCACCUCUUAUCAGCUUGUGUCGGCUGCGGUUCGGUCUUUUGCUAGUUCUGUUUUCCCUUGAGCUGGGUAACGCCUCUAGGGCAAAGAAACUAUGCGGCAGGCACCUGCUGAAGGAAAUAGUAAAACUCUGUGGCUUGGAAGAUUGGAGUCUGUUCGAGGAGGGACCUUCUCACCAUCAGUUGGUGCCCCGCGCUGUGGACGCAAUGGGCGCCUGCUUCCGCGCCGGGCUCCCACGCUCCCCAGUGCCGUCCCCAGGCGGGGGCACAGGCCCACAGCCAGUAUCUACUGCUGCCUCUAUGGAAGAAGCAAUAAAUAGUUUGAAGUCACUGCCUGAAUAUCAGCAUCAGAAGGCCAACUCCCCACCUGACAAGACAAGGCAACUUUCCUUACCACAUAUCAACACAUAUAUUCACAAGAUUCAGGAUAAAAAUACAAACAAAAUCAAAACCUUAAGCAAUUUGUUUUGGGGGAAUCAUCCCCAAAGAAAACGCAGAGGAUAUUCAGAAAAGUGCUGUCUUAAAGGAUGUACAAAAGGUGAACUUAGCAUUGCAUGCCUUCCAUAUAUUGAUUAUAAAAAGUUAGAAACUGACCACCAAUUGUGA